CCCCUUGCCCUGCCAGUUCCGCGGAUGAAAGCGUGAAGGCCGAGCUGACCAGGAGAAGGGCCUCUUGAGCAGCUGCUAAGAUGGGCAUGAGGAUCAAGCUGCACAGCACCAACCACCCCAACAACCUGCUGAAGGAACUCAACAAGUGCCGGCUCUCCGAGACCAUGUGCGACGUCACCAUCCUGGUGGGCUCCCGCUCCUUCGCCGCGCACAAGGCCGUGCUGGCCUGUGCUGCUGGCUACUUCCAGAACCUCUUCCUCAACACGGGGCUGGACGCCGCCAGGACCUACGUGGUGGAUUUCAUCACGCCAGCCAACUUUGAGAAGAUCCUGAGCUUCGUGUACACCUCGGAGCUCUUCACCGACCUCAUCAACGUGGGCGUGAUCUACGAGGUGGCGGAGAGGCUGGGCAUGGAGGAUCUGCUGCAGGCUUGCCACUCCACCUUCCCCGACCUGGAGAGCUCGGCCAUCACCAAGCAGCCUGCCCUGUGUGUGGGGGAAGGCCGGGCUGGGCCGCUGGGCAGCACCUCCUCAGAGCAGAGCCACGCCUUGGGGGACGUGCGGAGCGGCGCCGAGCACUUCGGCCCCGAGCGGAGUUACCUCCUGCACGGGGACAUGGUGGGCAGCUACAAAGAGGAUGACAGGAGUGCUGUGGCUGAGGCCAGCCAGGCUCUUCCCCUGAUGCACCCACAGCAGCCUCCCAAGACAGAGCAGGAGUCGGAUGCGGGGCAGUUUGCUCCGGUUGUGGGUCUGGGGGCCCAGCCCGGUGGGAAUGUCGUGGCACAGAGCACAGGCAGCUCCUGCCCUCAGUACAAGGCCCAGAGCAAUGGUGACUACAGCAAGGGCGGCUUCUUCCCCGCUGACCCCUCCCUGGAUGUGUCCACAGGGAGCAAUUCCUGCCCCAGCAACAGCGACCACUCCAAAGAGCAGGGCUUCGAGCAGAUGGAUGAGCUCCAGCUGGAGGAUUUGGGAGAGGCCGAGCUGCAUUUUGAGGAUGCUGGAGAAGAGCUGGUCCCAUCUGAGGAGGUGAUUGAGCUGAGUGAUGACAGCGAGGAGGAGCUGGCCUUCGAGAGCGACAGCCGGGACAGCAAGGCCAUGCCCUGCCAGGUGUGCAAGAAGGUUCUGGAGCCCAACAUCCAGCUGAUCCGCCAGCACGCCAGGGACCACGUGGACCUGCUCACAGGGAACUGCAAGGUAUGUGAGACCCACUUCCAGGACCGCAACUCCAGGGUGACUCACGUGCUGUCCCACAUCGGCAUCUUCCUCUUCUCCUGCGACAUGUGCGAGACCAAGUUCUUCACCCAGUGGCAGCUGACGCUGCACCGGCGGGACGGGGUCUUCGACAACAACGUCAUUGUCCACCCCAGCGACCCCCUGCCAGGCAAGGUGGCUGUGUUUGGGGGAGGGCCCGGCCCCGAGCUGGCCUGUGCUGCCUGCGGGAAGCCCUUGGCCAAAGAUUUCCACACGGUGAGGAACCACCUGCUGGAGCACGUGAACCUGAAGAGCCAAACGUGCGGCGUGUGCGACCAGCGGCACCUGAGCCUCUGCAGCCUGCUGUGGCACGCCCUGUCCCACCUGGGCAUCUCCGUGUUCUCCUGCUCCGUCUGCGCCAGCAGCUUCGUGGACCGGCAGCUCCUGGAGAAGCACCUGGCCGUGCACCAGCACGUGGAGGAGGCUCUUUUCCAGUGCCACUUCUGCAGCCAGAGCUUCAAGCUGGAGGCUGCUUACCGCUACCACGUCAGCCAGCACAAGUGCGGGGGCAGCCUGGACAUCCGGGCGGGAUUUGGGGAGCGCCUGCCGCCGCAGGGGCUGCCCAAGAGGAAGCUGCCCGAGGAGUUCCUGAGCGAAGAGCUGGCCCUGCAGAACCAGCCGGGGAACAGCAAGUACAGCUGCAAGGUGUGUGGCAAGAGGUUUGCCCACACCAGCGAGUUCAACUACCACCGGCGCAUCCACACCGGCGAGAAGCCCUACCAGUGCAAGGUGUGCCACAAGUUCUUCCGAGGGCGUUCCACCAUCAAGUGCCACCUGAGGACGCACUCGGGGGCCCUCAUGUACCGCUGCACGGUGUGUGGCCACUACAGCUCCACGCUCAACCUGAUGAGCAAGCACAUAGGGGUGCACAAGGGCAGCCUCCCGCCGGACUUCACCAUCGAGCAGACUUUCAUGUACAUCAUCCAUUCCAAAGAGGCCGAGAAAAACACGGAUAGCUGAUGGGGCGCUGCCGGAGGAGGAGUGGUGAUGAUGGAGG